GGGGCUCGGCCCGCAGCGUCUUUGGUAACCAAGACCUUGGCGAAGGAGAAGGCCGGAGGCAGUGAGAGCUUUUGUGUUCAAAUAUAGGUAGCUGUUGGAGUUUAUUUUCAUGUGCAUUUUUUAAAAAUGUAAGCAGAGAAAAUGACUGCUGGUUCAGUGUGUGUCCCUCAAAUCAUACCACUGCGAGUUCCUCACCCUGGAAAAGCCAACCACGAAAUUGAUAACAAUACACUCUUGGAAAUGAAAUCAGAUACCCCAGAUGUCAACAUAUAUUAUACUGUGGAUGGCAGCAAACCUGAAUUUCUAAAGAGAAUUGGCUAUGGUGAAAAUAAUACAUUUAAGUAUACAAAGCCUAUUACUCUGCCUGAUGGAAAAAUACAAGUUAAAGCUAUUGCAGUCUCUAAAGACUGCAGACAGAGUGGCAUUGUAACAAAGGUGUUUCAGGUGGACUAUGAACCACGGAAUACAGUCUCUUCAGAAGACAAUGUUGAAAAUGCUCUCAAAGAUUCUUCAAAGCAGGAAUUGAAAAAUGGAUUUUUUGGAUCAAAACUAAGGAAGAAAUCUAAGAAUGCUGAAGAUAAACUGGGUUGGAAUGUAAACCUUAGAAAGUUUCUAGACCUUGAGGAAGGUGAAAGAAGUGAACCUAAAACAAUGAAAGAUCUUCGCUUCUCAGACAGUCCCCUGGAAAUUCCAGCUUACCGUAAACAAUCAAGUUCUAGACCACCCACCCACAAGUCCCAGUUCCCUGGUUUUGCACACAUAACUGGCCAUAAUAAUUUGACAAGCACAGAGAUCAUGAGAAUUCAAAGGGAGACAGACUUUCUCAAGUGUGCCCAGUGUCUUGCCCCCCGCCCAUCUGAUCCCUUUGCUCGCUUCUGUCAAGAAUGUGGCUCUCCUGUUCCACCAAUAUUUGGUUGUCAUCUCCCACCCCCAGAAGGAGCUCAGAUGGGUUUCUGUGCAGAAUGUAGAAGCAUGGUGCCCAUGAACACUCCCAUCUGUGUGGUUUGUGAGGCUCCUCUUGCUCUGCAGCUGCAACUACAGGCCAGCCUCUGCUCGAAGGAAAAGGUAAUCUGCUGCACCUGUGGCACAGGAACUCCUGCCCACCUGAAAUACUGUGUCACCUGUGAGAGGGCACUGCCUUCAUCACAAGAGCCCCUGUGCAGUGGAGAUAAAGCUGCUCCUGUGCCCACUCUGAAAGGGGAGACCAUUUCCUGCUCCAAAUGUGGUCACCGGAAUGGCCAGGGAGCUUGCUUCUGUGAUUGGUGUGGAGCCGUGCCAGACAUUCCUGCCUGCUACUCUGUUUGCCCUAAAUGUGGGGCCAGCAACUACCCAUCUGCCCGAUUCUGUGGCUCUUGUGGUAUUUACCUGAAGUACUUGGCAAAACUUAGCGUGGGUAACAGCCUGGCUCUAGCUGAUGGAGAACCUGGCCCUUUUGCUGAGCCCCAAUCUGCCUGUCAGUCUCUAAAUGUUACUUUACUCAAAGCUGAUGUUGCGACUAAAAAGGAUGUAGGUACACAGACCACUGGCCUCUUCUAUCCAUCUGGCAAGCUACUAGCAAAAAAGGAACUGGAAAUGGCUUCUCAUAAGCAGAGGCAGGAGAAAAUGAGUGACCAUAAACCUCUCCUCACAGCUGUCAGCCCAGGAAGAGGAUACUGGAGAAAACAAUUGGAUCACAUCUCUGCCCACCUCAGGUCUUAUGCUCAGAACAACCCUGAAUUCCGGGCCCUGAUUGCUGAACCCAGGAUGGGAAAGCUUAUCUCUGCUACUGUCCAAGAAGAUGGCUAUGAAGUUAGCAUCAGGCUGAAUUAUAUUCAAGUCUCAAACAAGAACCUUUACCUCAGUAAGGAGGUGAAUUUCAGCAACCACUUUCUGAGCAAUGUCACCAAAGGUGGUAAUGGGCUAUUCGGCAGCAGGUCCGACUUGGUAAGUGACUGCAACCAAACCACCUCAAAUAUCACUGAAAAAAUCAAGAGAAUGAAGAAUUUUAAGACUAAAACAUUUCAAGGAAAGAAGGAGCAGCUUACACCCGAAGACAGACUCCUGCUUAAGGAAGUUGGACCAGCAGGGGAUGGAAGAGUCUCUGUAAUUGAACAGUUGCUUGAUGAAGGAGCAGAUCCCAACUGCAGUGAUAAUGAAGACCGACCUGUUAUUACCAUGGCUGUGAUCAAUAAGCACCAUGAAGCAAUCCCAGUUCUUGUGCAGAGAGGAGCAGACAUCAAGCAACAGUGGGGAUUGUACAAAAAUACAGCUCUUCAUGAAGUAGCUCUGCUUGGCCUGUCAGGAAGGAAGUGCAUUGCUGUUUUACUGGGAUGCAAUGCAAGCAUCCAAAAGAAGAAUAGUAGCGGACAGACAGCCCAUGACCUGGCUCUGACAACUGGGGAUGACCUCAUCACCUCGCUCUUUGCUGCUAAGCUCCACCUGGAUGACUGUUAGAUCCUACAGGCUCUGCGGGGCUUCACUUAAAGAGACCAUCCAGCUCUGGCUGUUCUUUGUUUCUUUCUGAAAUGUGUAUUUGAGAUUUGGAAAUUGAAAUUAAGAGGAACUCAA